AGCGUUAAGUCUUUAAAGCCAGGCAAGACCUGACUGCCUAGUGCAAUUGCAGGUUGGGCAUCUCCUGAUACAGACCUCUUCCUUUUUUUAGUAUCACCACCUUCUACCACCGAAGGAAGGUUCUCUUCACUUCGCAGGCUUCAGACGCAAACGAAAGAAUGCCCCAAUACAAAAUCAUCGACUACACAUUCACUACUGCAGCAGAAUUAGCGAGAGCCAUCUUGGAAUAUGUCGGCGUAUCCUAUGAAGAUGUUAGAUAUGACAAAGAUAAAGCAGGAGAUGCAGAGAAAGUAACACCCUUCGGUACCCUACCUGUUUUAGAAGUUGAUGGAAAAAUAAUUGCACAGCAUCAAAGUAUUUGCAGAUUCAUAGCCAGGCAGCAUGGUAUGGCAGGGAAAAGUGAAAUUGAAUUCGCCUUAUGUGAUCUAGUGAUGGACGGUUUAUGGCAUAUGUUUGCGAAGAUCCGGAGAGCGCAGAUCCAUCAACUUAGCAAAGAGGAAAGGAGUUCCAUCAUUAAGACCAUGAUUGCUGAGGACGUACCACCCUAUCUGGAUGGUUUUGAAAAAAUGCUGAAGGACAGGAAAGACGAGAGUGAUUUCAUCAUCAGCAAAGAGGUGACAUGGUGUGACAUAGGACUAACUCUGGCACUAGCAGCUUUAAAAUACCGUCAUGGCUUGAGCUUAGAUUCUCAUCCCCAACUGUCCGGGUAUUUAGGAAAAAUGAUGGAACUGCCACAGCUGGCUGAAUUCUUAUCGAAGAGGGCUCAAGAAGAAGCUGGAUAUUAAAUUUAUUAUUGACAAAUUCUCAUACUGCUAUUUUUUAUACGUGCAUUGCUGUUUAAAAGAAAAAAAAUUACUUAUUUAAUUCGUACCUCAAUUUUGCCUUUUUAAAGGAUCGUAGCGCCAUCUGUUGCAUGAUAUUGAAAUAAAAAUGGUUUUAAGGUUGUUCAAUCAUCAAUGGUUUGCGGUAAAUAGUUGCAGUUUUUCGUCAGAAAAGCUGUUUUCAUUUAAGCUCAUGAAUAUAUUGAUAUAUUUUAUCAUUUAAAAAUGAAUUGUUUUAUAAUUUAUGUUACAGUAUAAAAUGUUUUAAAGUUUAAUAAUUACAUAUUUAUAAGAAUACAGUAGAACGCACAGAAGAAUGGAUUGUGAUUGCUGAUUUGAAUAAAGAAUUCUUUUUAAAA